AUGGCUUCUCAGGCUAGCCAAGGCAGCAAGACGGGUAACUGUCAGCCCCAGCCUGUCGUUUCUCAGGCCAGGCCUACCCCCAGCUGUCCUGCCACUCCUACUACCAACGCCUCGGCACCUGGUACUCAGGAGCAGCACCCGUCACCGGCUGAGACAACGAUCGACGACUCCACCCCUCCUUUGGUGAGAAGGCCACGGCGGCGUAGGCGCCGCCCGGCGAGUAAUUCAAGCCACACUAGUAGUCCUGUCUCGCCGGCCAACGCCUCGAUCACGUCCACUAACGCCUCUGGCUCCGCAGCUGCUGCCCCCACUGCAGCCAUGCCUGCAUCUGGCUCUCCUCCAGCUGACGUCCCGGAGCCCCAGCCGCCAUCCCAACCGGCUGACGACACACAUCUGUCAUGUGUCUCUGGACCCCAGCCACCGUCCCAACUGGCUACCGACGCACAUCAGUCGUGCGUCUCCUCACCUCGGCCUCCCCUCAACGACUCCACCUCCGCCCCCCCUCCGUGGGUCAUUGCUUGGCGUGACCGGUUCGACUGCGCCGUUGACGAGGACAUGCUCGAGGCAAUGGUUGAUGAUCUUUCCAACCUUGCCCGCAGCAUGACCCCACAGCAGUACGGGCAGCAUCAUCGCCCUAGACGAACCAGGCCGCCACAGGCCAGCAACCCCCGUAGCACUUACAGUGCUGCCGAGGCCAGUCGGUUACAGCGCCUAUAUCGCGCCAAUAGACACAAGGCCUUUGAAGAGGUCACCCGUGGGGCCAAUCGCUUCUGUAAGAUUGACAAUGCCACCAUCACUGACCACUUCUCCGACACCAACAGCCUUCAACUGAUAGAUCAUGAGGCCCUCCGCAACCUCCUACCACCAGCUCUGCAACCGGCUACGAACAAUCCCCUAUGUGGUACGUUCACGCCAGCUGAAGUGGCCAAGCGCCUUAGUAAAUGCCACAACACCGCUCCGGGUCCAGAUGGGAUCCGGUACUAUAUAUGGCGCCGGCUAGACCCCCAGGGCCACAUCCUUUCGGCAGUUUUCAAUGCUGUCCAGCGCAUUGGCCACGUUCCUAGCGCAUGGAAGGUGUCCAACACCAUCCUCCUUCAUAAGAAGGGCGACCAGAACGACAUUCACAACUGGAGGCCCAUUGCGCUAGCGAACACACUUGGUAAGAUUUAUUCCUCUUGCCUGGCCAGCCGCCUCCUGUGCUGGUGCGAGGAAAAUGGCACCAUUUCUCCAGCACAGAAGGGAUUUAUGCGCUUUGAAGGCUGCAAUGACCAUACCUUUAUCCUCCAGUCCAUUAUCCAGAACGCCCGUCGGAGGAACAGCGAGUGCCACAUUGCAUGGCUGGACCUCUGCAAUGCCUUUGGUUCAGUCCCGCACUCAACCAUCUUCACUUGCCUCGAAUGGUGUGGCCUCUGUCCCUCCUCCAUCGAUUGUAUUAGGGAUCUCCUUGAAGGAUGCCACACACGCAUCCGAGGGCACACGGGUCUCACGGAUCCCAUCCCCGUCUUGACAGGUGUAAAACAGGGUUGUCCACUCAGCCCUGUCCUUUUCAACCUCGUCAUAGAACCCGUGCUACGCCUAAUUAACGACCUCCAGCAUGGCUAUUGUCUGCACGACCAAAACCUCUCAAUACUGGCAUAUGCAGACGACAUCACCAUCAUUAGUAAGUCUGCUGCUGGACUCCAAUCCCAACUUGACCUCCUGUCGUCGUGGGCCCGUUGCAGCGGCCUCUCAUUCAAUCCUUCGAAAUGUGCCACCCUAGUCGUGGCUGGCAAGUACCGCUGCGAUGACCAGACCCACUUCUCCAUCCAAGGCUCGAAUAUUCCCCGCCUCCACAAAGACGACAGCUAUCUCCACCUCGGAAUACCGACUGGCUUUACCAUGGGGCGAUCUGCCGACGACACCAUCGACGGGAUUCUGUCCGACAUUAAACUUGUCGACAACUCCUGCCUCGCCCCAUGGCAGAAAAUUGACUGCGUCAACACCUUUCUGACCUCCCGUCUCACAUUCCAUCUCACUCUGGGGAAGGUCCAGAAGAAAAAGCUCAGCCACCUUGACAAAGUAAUAAAACGGUGUGUCAAGAAGUGGAUGAACUUACCACAGCGUGCCAGUCCGGAGGUCCUCUACAUGCCUCACGCCCAAGGAGGGGCGAACAUAACCCCUUGCAAUAUCCUCGCAGACGUGGCUCAAGUAAACCAUGCUCACAGCCUACUCCAUUCCAGGGAUCCCACCGUCGCCGCCCUUGCACUUAAAACCCUGCAAGUAGUUGUUGAGAAACGUAUCCGGCGACCGCCCACUGAUGCCGACCUUUGCACUUAUCUGGCCGGCUCAAUGGACAACGAGUUUGGGUGCGAUCCCUACGAUGUUCCCUCCACCUGGACCCGUCUGCGCAUGGCCACCCGCCGCCUUAAGAAGCGCCUGGACAUCGAAUGGCAUCCCGACACCAAGGGCACUCUCACCUUAUCCAUCAACGGCAACCCCGUCAAGAGACCCACCGUCAUGAAAUCUAUCUCCACUGCUGUUAAGGCCACUUACCUUCAAUCUCUUUUAAACAAGCCCGACCAGGGCAAGGCCUUCAAAGUAACAGCAGCUAAUUUCAACAGCAACCACUUCCUCCGUGGAGGGAGCUUUACUAGAUUUGCAGACUGGCGAUUUAUCCACCGCGCCAGGCUAAGCGUGGUACCUCUGCGUGGCCUGCGCCGGUUUGGAAACGCCAGCCAAAACUGCCGACGAUGCCAGAGGCAUCGGGAAACUCUCGCCCACGUCCUAAAUCAUUGUCCUCCGAACCUCAGUACCAUCACAAAGAGGCACAAUGCAAUUUUGGACAGACUGAACAACGCCUUUAACCAUCGAAACCUCACCACGUACAUCAACCAGCAGAUCCCUGGGUUCGAGAGCAACUGCCGUCCUGACCUCGUGGUGCUCAACCAGAACCCCAAAACGGCAACGAUCGUCGACGUGGCUACACCUUUCGAGAACGGCGCCGACGCCUUCGACCGUGCAAGAGCCGAGAAGAUCCGGAAGUACGAGGAGUUGGCCAACCACUUCAGACGACAAGGGUAUGACACCUAUAUAGACGCCUUCGUCGUAGGAGCCCUGGGUGGUUACGACACCGCCAACGACUCUGUACUUCAACGCCUAGGGGUAAGCAGGAGUUACGCCAAGCUGAUGAGGAAGCUAAUGGUGAGCGACUGCAUCAGAUACAGCCGCGACAUCUACGCCAAUCAUCUUGGUUACCGCAACUAAUGCAACGACGACAUCCCAUAUGUAACAUAUGUCAGGCAUUGAGCCCAUGUAACCGCGUUCGCGUACCACUGUCUUUGCCAUACACUGGCAAUAUUAGCUGGCCGUGAGCCCUUGGAGCGCGUACUAGAGGCACUGCCUCUUUAUCAUAUCUGUACUACAUCUUUUACACACCUUUGUAUCUACCACUGGCUGGCUCUGUGCCCAUGUAAAUAAUAUCUAACCGCAAUGGUUACCUGUAUAUACUUUUUAAUCAUAUUAA